UGCCUGAUCUAUCUAGGAAUGAUGUGCAUUUCUUUUUGACAAGAGGGCCACACAAAAAGGUCUCCAAGAUGAAUACAUCCUAUUCUUUGCAGCACUGGAAAAAGGGCAAAACCAACUCACAGGAGUCAUUUGAAUCAGUUGAGACACUGGUAGCAGAUCAUGGAGACAGUAGCAGGGAGACUGAACCAGCGUGCACCAUUAGUGUUAAAAACAUUUCCUACACUAUCAGUGAGCGUGUUGGGCCUUGGUGGGAUGUGCCCUCGUAUCACAAACGAUGGACAAGGCAAAUCCUAAAAGAUGUUUCAUUCUAUCUGCAAAGCGGGCAGAUCAUGGCUAUUUUAGGGAACUCUGGUUCAGGAAAGACCACUUUACUUGAUGCAAUUUCUGGAAGAAUUGGAAAUACUGGUACCCUCCUUGGUGAAGUUUAUAUAAAUAAACAGAAGCUUAAAAGGAAUGAAUUUAAGGACUGCUUCUCUUAUGUUUUACAGACUGAUACCUUACUCAGCUAUCUAACAGUGCAGGAAACACUGACUUAUACUGCCUUGCUAGCAUUACCAAAACGCUCCAGUGAUGUCAUUGCAAAGAAGGUAGGCUCAGUCCUAACUGAGCUCAGUCUGAACCAUGUUGCAAAUAAUGUGAUUGGUGGUCGCAUUUUUCGAGGAAUUUCAGGUGGCGAAAGAAGACGUGUUUCCAUUGCAGCACAGCUCUUACAAGAUCCGAAGGUAAUUUUACUGGAUGAACCAACAACUGGCUUGGACAGCAUGACUGCAAAUCAAAUUGUUUCCUUACUAUCUGAACUGGCACGCAGAGACAGGAUUGUUAUUUUAACUAUUCACCAACCACGGUCAGAACUGUUCAAGGUUUUUGACAAAAUUGCCAUCAUGAGCUGUGGGGAAAUGGUGUUCUGUGGUGAACCAAAUGAAAUGGUGAUGUUUUUUAAUGACUGUGGGUAUGCAUGCCCGGACUACUCAAAUCCAUUUGAUUACUAUGUGGAUCUUACUUCUGUGGAUACAAGAAGCAAAGAGCGAGAGAUAGAGACUUAUAGCAGAGUCCAUGCCAUUGUGGACGCCUAUCAGGAUUCAGAUAUCUGCAAAAAAAUGCUGAACAAUAUUAAAGGCAGAAGGGCAAUCAGAGAGCUGCAUCCUAUACCUUUCAAAAACAAAGAAUCACCAACCACAUUUUGUAAACUCUGGAUAUUAUUUAGGAGAACAGUAAGAAAUCUGUCCAGAAACAGGAUCGGCAUUGCAAUGCGCCUUUCCCAAAAUCUAAUAUUUGGGCUGUUUUUAGUAUUCUUCCUCAUGCGAUUGGAUGAAGAUGUUCUUCGGGGAGCUGUCCAGGACCGCAUUGGCCUCAUUUACCAAUGCAUGGGAGCAACACCAUACACAGGAAUGUUAAACGCUGUCGCCUUAUUUCCAGUUCUAAGGGCAAUCAGUGACCAAGAAAGUAAGGAUGGACUCUAUCAGAAAUGGCACAUGCUAUUGGCAUAUGUAAUACACAUCAUUCCAUUCAGUGUUAUAAGUGUGGCAGUAUUCUGUGCAUUUUUGUACUGGACUGCUGGCUUGUAUCCUGAAAUUCUCCGAUUCUUAUGCUUUUUUGCUGUAUUACUUGUCCCUCAUCUUGUUGGCGAAUUGCUGACUGUGGCUUUACUUGGCCUAGUUCAGAACCCCAACAUUGUUAACAGUGGAGUGGCUCUAAUAAAUGUGGCUGGCAUUCUCGUGGGAUCUGGCUUUCUAAGGAAUAUGCAACAAAUGCCUACAGUCUUCCAGUGGCUGAGUUACCUUACAUAUCAGAAAUAUGGCUGUGAGAUUUUGAUCAUCAAUGAGUUUUAUGACAAAACUUUCACUUGUGGAGAUCAUAAUUCUACGACCAGUUCUGUUGCCUGCUCAUUUUCCAAAGGCAACAAAUUGAUAGAUGCAUUAUAUCCCAGUGCACUUUCUAGAUUUACUUUGGACUUUCUUUUACUAUAUGCAUUUUUGCCGACAUUGGUGAUUGCUGGAAUAAUUAACUUUAAAAUACGAGAUUUCAUUAUCCGUAGAUAGAAACAAGUUUAAAUUAAACAUUACAGUUUUUAUGGCAAUCAUUUUAUUAAUGAAAAAUGUGCUGUGCAGUUUAGUACAAAAACUGUAUUACUGUUCUCUGUUCUAACAUAUACAGUGCAUUGUAAUUUACUGUAUAUAGUAUACACUGUUGUGUAUUUAUUCUUAGUUUUGCAGAAGUGGCAAUGUGAUUUAUGUAAAAAAAAACAAAAAACAAGUUCAGAUUAGUUGUGCUGUGUUGUACCUUUGGAGCUAUGAAGGCCUCUUGACAUUUCUGGUCCUGAACUCCUGAGCUCUUCGGCUGUCAGACCAUCCAUUGUGUCAUACUGACUUCCAAGGUUCAUUUCAACACAGUGAUGACUUAUGCUUCAGCAAGUCUUUCUAAAAUUAAAAUACUAACUCAAAAGUCAA